AUGUCUCCCAAUUUACUCGUGCUCAUCUUCGCGGUCGAGCUAUCCAUCUACAUUGUUAAUUCCGUCGGUGCAGGUGCAAUCAACAGCCUAAUAUGGGGCCUCCUGAAUCGCCUUCCGAUUGAGACGUCGAAGCUAGUAGUCGAGAACCGAAAGCUCCAGAAAGAGUAUCUGAAAGUGCGACUCGAGUUGAACGCAACUAGCAGCCAGGACCAGUUUGCGAAGUGGGCGAAGCUGAGGAGGCAGCAUGACAAGCUCCUCGAGCAGCUCGAGAAGAAGAAGGCCGAGAUGACCGCCGCGAAAGCCAAGUUCGACAGCAGCAUCAGCAUUGCCCGGCUCCUCCUCACGAAAGCGCCGCAUUUCCUGCUGCCCAUGUGGUAUGCGAAGGAGCCCAUGUUCUGGCUCCCGCAAGGCCUCUUCCCUUACUACGCCGAAUGGUUCCUUUCGCUGCCCAAGGCCCCUCUUGGUAGCGUCAGCAUCCUCUCGUGGCAGGUGGCCUGCACCGUGGUUAUCACGCUGGUCUCGGACGCUCUCGUGGCUCUCUAUGCCCUUGUUGCCACGUCAGCGAGCAAGGAUGCGGCGGGAGUGAAGGUGCCCGGAAGGACGGGUACGCCGACCGCUGGUCAGAGCGAGGAGAAGAAGGAACUAUAG